AUGCAGUUUGUGUUUGCCGUCAAGGGCCGUAGCUCGAGGGCGCCGCAGCUGCUGGCCGCCGACCGACUUUUUGUUGUGGCAGCUCGAGAGACAACCCACCGCGCUCGCCAUGCGCGGGGUUGGGGGAAGAAGAGGUAUAGCGCUGUCGCCCCUGCGCCCGGCGCGCCGCUGCAGAUCUCAGGCUCUCGACUGAGGGACCUCUGCUGGGGGGAGUCGCCUCUAUCCUCCAUACUGUCGCUGGAGAAGGACGAUCUCAAGUUUAAUUGCGUGAUGGUGCAGACGCCGUACGCUGUUCGUGCCGCCAACACGGAUGUUGAACCGGUGUCGCUGCGCGUGAUCGCCGCGGAUGCCCUCGAACACAUUUUCUUCAACGUCAACGAGGAUCUCUUGCAGGAUGGCCGCCUGGUUGUCUUUACGUAUGCUGAGAACCUUUUGCACGUUGGCAUCGACGCCAAUGCUUGGGCAGAGGCCCGAGUGGCGGCGGCCGCCGCAAGCACAGGCGUUGUUGUCGGUGAUGGUGACGGUAGCACUGGGCCUUAUGGCCAUGCAAGCGGUCCUGUAGGUGAGGGUGCCACCAACAAGGACCCCUCUCUCAGCGCUGACAGCGGCACUGAUGCAGAGUUAGCCAAGCGGCCGCGCCGGGUCGACGUCGUAUGGGGUAAGGAAGAGCCCAGCCGGUCGUCCCGCCGCCUCGACUCACCGCGUUCUGUGCUCAAGAAGGAGCAGGUGCUGGCUGUAGUGCCCUGUACUGUGAACGGCGACGACAUCAAAGAGCUGAAUGAGCUCAUCGACGAAGGCAAACUCGCCAGCUUCGACGUGAGCCUGACUGAGUUCUUCUGUUCUCAGUGCUAUCAUUUACCGCUGUUAACGCUAACCAUGUCGUGCUGUGGGGCAGUGCUGUGUCAGUGCUGCGCACCGACGCCGCCGACGGUGGAGGGAGUGUCGGCGACAGAUCGUGCGUGCCCAGUCUGCGGGGAGGAGCCACUCGACCCUCCUCUAAGCCACCCGGAACGCGAUGUGAAGGUGGCAAAACUGGUCAAGGAGCUGAAGGUGCUGUACUUUCCUCAGCUCCGCGCACUUCGUGAGUCAAGGCGAGUCUCUGCGGAACCGCCAAAGCCUUCAAUGCCGCCUUUUCUGCUGCUCAAUACACCGGUGCUUGAGCCGCCGCGAUGA